CUUGGAGCGACAGCGAACCCACGGGUAUCUAGCGAAAACAAGAAUCGACCCUCACCCCAUCCCCACAGUGCUCUCCAUAAUGGCCGCAGCGGCUUUCAUACGCCCCUAUAAGCCUUCAGACUUUGCCGCAACCGCGCACAUCUGCCGAGCAACCCUUCCCCCGAGCCUGGCCGACUCCGAGGCCGCCGUCCGCCUCGCGCCGUACGUCUGGACACACCAGUACACGCUGCUCUCGCCGGGUACGUGCCUCGUGCUCGACGACGGGGCCGGCGCCGCGGUGGGGUACGUGAUCGGGUGCCCGGACGUGUUUGUGUUUGCGAGGGGGUACGGGCGGUACGUGGACGAGGUGCUGCUCCAGCCCGCAGCCUUGGACGGCCACGGUGGUGGUGGUGGUGGUGGUGGUGGUGGGCCCGCCGCGGCGGUCCCCGCGCCCCGGCAGCUCGACCGCCUGGCCCCGUGGCUUGUCACCGGCGGUACGGCGGCUGGGGAUGUGGUGCGUGAGGACGGGCUGGAGGGUCCGGGGCCGGCCGUCAUCAACGAGGAGUGCCUCGCGCAGCUGGCGCAUAGCCCGCGGUUUCUGCUUUUCGGGGACGGCGGCGGGGACGGAUCCGGGGCCAGGGGCGCGCUUGUGGGGCGGUUCCGGGCUACGAUGCAUAUCGACCUGUUGGAGGGGUGGCAGGGCAAGGGGUGGGGGCGCAAGAUGAUCGGGGAGUUUGUGGCGAGCGUGAAGGACGCGUGUGCUGCCAGUGCUGCUGCUGUCCGGGAGGGCGGGUUGGAUUGUGGGGAGGGGGUGCAUAUUGGUGUUGGGUGGGAGAACAAGAAGGUUGUCCCUUUCUACGAGAAGGCUGGUUUCAAGGUUUAUGAGGAUUGCUACGAGGAGGGUGAGACUAUUUGGAUGGUGUAUGAGUUUUGAAUGGGGAGGGUACCUAGGCAUUGGAGGUUGAGCGAUGCUGUCGGUUUCUUUUCUUGGGAGUCUUUUGUAUACGUCCAAAGCACCUUAUUCAAAGCCUUACGAAAACAGUUGCCUGGACAGCUACGUGUACUGGGAAAUGAGUACGAGGCUCUCAGAGGACUUUCCUGUCCUUCAUCCAUAAGCCCCUCUCGGGAACACUCAUCUAUAGUAAAUAUACAAAGGUCUGAGAGGGUGGACUCAAAAAGCGAAAUUCCCCUUGUAAGUCUCCUGCCCAAAUCCUUUCUGAGCUGCUGUCUUUUGGUCGAAGCAGACGUAGUCUGGAUUUUUGCACAAAGACACGUCAACGGUAUCCUCCUUUCUUACACCGCCCUGUGUUCAAGUUGUUGUCGUACUCGCGGGCCUCCCGCGGAAAUUACGAGGCUGAUUUUGACGGGAGAGCUCGCCCAUGUGUUACUUGCUAGUGAUGGUGACAAUACUUAUCUGACUGAAAAAAGAAUCCGUUGGCCAGACCCAGUGACACGCCUUUUAUUUCAGUCACACUGAAUCCCCAAAUGUUCAUUGCUGGCAUACAGACGCCGCUGGUGUCGGUAAUACAGUUUGUUUUCGACCGCGACACGAGCGUGUUUGUCCCAGAAAGUGGGACGUCGUCCAGGUCCAGUGACAGCAAAUACCCCAUUAUAUAUAUUGUGGCCGCUUCUGUCCCGAACAGAGUCGACGGCCUCCUGUGGUUCAUCACAUCAGCCUUGUCCAGUUUAGAACAUCCACAACUCCUUGGUCAAAGACACACAAAAUAACGAUCACAUGCGAACAUGAGCGGCCCAACACAGAUCUGCCCAGACUGUGGACUCGUCCACAACGGCGAACACGUCUUUUGUCCCUUCUUCAAGGGCAAGGCCAAGCAUCAUCCGUAUCCACCCUUGUCACCGAGGCCCCAGCAGUCCAGCCAAGGGAAGAGACAGGGCCCAUAUGAUGGCAGGACGUCCCAGAACCAGCGCCAGAAGAGGCCGAAGGAGUGGGAAUUAGCAAGGUGAAAGAGAAUCUUAGAUUAAGGAUGUCCAGGAAGCAAGUGCCAUAUGUCGGGAUAGCAUGUAGUGGGUACCUACCUAGGUAGGUAGCUAGCGAUGGAUGUCUGGAUAGCCAACAUUCAAUGAGAUCAAAGUGUGAACGAAUCACAAUCUUUGCCGCUGUGACUUUUCCUUUGCCGCACCUCGUGUCAGGCUUCUCUGCUCACCCAAGUAGUAGUAUACUACUCACCAGUAUCAGCUGUAGUAUCAUAAUACAGACAUCUGUACGAUCCCUUGAUUCCGAUUCGUAUCAGCAGCAACUAGCCAACUAGCCUACAGAGACGUGGCAUUCGAAACUACAUGAAUCAAGGUAGGCCCGAAUCACAGUCGCAAUAUGGAAGCUUAUGGACGCUUUCCUCCGCAAGGCCCAAUCGGCAGCGCCGUUGGGUGCAAGGUACACGCGGGCGACUGCAGCACCGGGCGGGACCAAUGUCGCGCCGGAGCCAAGCCGGCGCCCUGACGGGCUUGGGACGAAGGAAAAGCCGGCCCUGGGCCGGAAGGGAACGCCCCGAAGUCGACAGAUGAUCCCAUCAACGAGAACUCGCGCCGACCCGGCGAGGCAACCCUUACUUACUGGGAACUUUACGGAACGGAUCGUCCCGUCCUGGUUGAUGGGCCCUCGGGACGCGACUGAGGGUGGCGAGAAUGGCCCGCUCAUUCGAUGGCCUAGGGUUUUAUCCAGAGUCAACGGAAAGAGAAGAAAGCCCGCAGACAAGUGUGGAAAUUGCUUGACGACGGCAAUUCAUGCCCAUCAGCCGAACGACACGACGUAUCGGGCCUUCUCGCCGCAUAGGGCCGCAUAGGCGGCAUAGACGUUUAACUUCCGGGUGCCACUUAUUCUCCCCGGGCGGCCUGCACACGCUCGGCCAGAGUCGAAACCUGGCGAGUCGAAAGCGAACUUUAUCGUUGCCGCGCCGUGAUGCAGGUACAUGUUCUGCAGGUAGGAAAGUUUCCUCAGGAUGGCGCGAAUGUUACGACCUUCUGAAGUCGUUGUAGGUUCGGGAUGGUGCGUGGUGUUAGAUAUGAUAUCGGCUGAAGUCGGGCGCGAGGUGUGUUUCAGUGAUAAUGCUACAGAAGGGAGCCGAUUCGUUCUGCCGGGGUGCCGUGCACCGGGUGAGCGGAGUGAAGAGGGCGAGCAGGGGGCAGAGGCCUGGACGCCUAGAGUCGGGGAGAGAUGAUCGACAUAUGGGGCAGUUUGUCAAGAACUGUGAUCGUGAUGUCAGAUAGGGAAUAUCUCGGGUGGGAGGUGGAUGACCUGGCCUGCCUGGCUAGCCUGGCUUGCGUGGAUGAGAACAGCGGCCGCGACUUCAAGACGAGACGAAACUUGGCAAUGCAGCCGUGACAAGCUGGGACUGGGUCAGGGCGACAUGAGUGGCCAUGUCGCCAUUGCAGCUUGCAGGAUUGCGUCCCGGUUCUCUGGCUCAGCUCUGGGCAGCUUGGCGGUGGUUCGCGUGGCCCAGACGACUGUGUCUCGUGCUCUACUUACACCCAGCUUCCCCAG